ACGGGAACAGACGGCGGUGAGAUUGGCGCCGGCGACGACGAGCUAGAAGCGGCGAGGCGCUGGUUAGCAAAUUUUGAUACCGAGACUAUACCACGGAGUAUCUGCGACGUUUCCUUCAGUAGAUCCUCCGGCCCUGGCGGUCAGAAUGUGAACAAAGUGAAUUCAAAGGCUACUUUACGACUGCCGUUAUCGGCGUUAUUGCCCAUACUGCCUGCUGUCCUUCGACCUGCGGUGUCAAGGUCACGGUAUAGUGCCAAGGACGAUUUGGUAAUACAGGCAGAUGACAGCCGAAAGCAAAUUGAAAACGUACAUCGGUGCUUCGUCAAGCUGCAUGAGAUGAUUGUACAGGCUGGACGUGAGGUAGUGCCAGGCGAGACUAGUGCUGAGCAGAUGGAGCGCGUCAAGAAACUACAAAAAGCAGAAAACGAAGGCAGACUCAAGAUGAAGAAGAAGCACAGCGAUAAGAAGAGUGCACGAAGAGGCGGCGGGAAG